CGUGACAUCAGGAAGAUGGCCACACUGACAGCUGAAGACUUCGCUGCGCUCCAGAGCCUGCUGAAGGCAUCCUCAAAAGAUGUUGUCAGACAGCUGUGUCAAGAGAGCUUUUCCACUUCAGCCGUUGGCUCAAAAAAUCUCUUGGAUAUUACAUGUUCCAACUUGUCUGUGACCCAGGAAGAGGCAGAGCAAUUACUCCAGGCUCUGCAUCACCUCACCAGGCUGGUGACAUUCCGUGACCUGUCUUCCUCCGAAGCAAUCCUGGCUCUCUUUCCAGGGAAUUUCCACCAAAACCUCAAACACCUGCUGACAAAAAUCAUCCUAGAACAUGUGUCUUCAUGGAGAAUGGAAGCGCAAGCAAAUCAGAUUUCUCUGCCACGCCUUGUUGACCUGGACUGGAGAGUGGAUAUCAAAAUGUCCUCCAACAGCAUCGGCCGCAUGGCUGUUCCUACCUGCCUGCUCCAGAUGAAGAUCCAGGAAGAUCCCAGUCUGUGUGGGGACAAACCCUCCAUCUCUGCCGUGACCGUGGAGCUGAGUAAAGAAACACUGGACACCAUGUUAGAUGGGCUGGGCCGCAUCCGAGACCAACUUUCUGCUGUGGCCAAUAAAUGAUGAGACCAGCUACAGGUACCACUGCCUGCCCCAGGGGCUGGUCCUUGAAGAUGCUCAUCUUUCCAUGCAGCCUGCUGUGCAGUGGGCAUGACAGUGGGAUGGAGAGGUUGCUGCCAUCCAGAAGGCCAGAUGGACUGUGAAGUAACAGCUGGGCCCCUUGCUGUUCUCUCCUUUUCUCUUCCUGAGGCUGACAAACAGAAGUCUCCAUCUUUGAAAGGCCCCCAUGUAUGCUUUCAUGACUGCUGUGGCCGUGAGAGGGAACAUUCGCUUCAUCAGCUGUUUCCACAUGGCCAUUUGGCAAACUCAGGCUGAAACUCCCAGGCCUACCUCAUGAGUUUACUGCUGACAGUAGCUCUGAUGAGUUCAUUUCAAGCCCUGGAUCACAUAGGAAGAAUCAGCUAGUGGCGCCAGCAGUGCCUGCUUAUCUGUCAGAGAAGCCAGGCAAAUCCCACAGAAACUAGCCACCCCUGCCUGGGUCUCCUAAAGAAUUCUCUGAGCCUCCUGGCUCUGCUGGACCACCUUCCUGUUCCAGAAGCCUGAAACCCUGGUGGGUGAAGCAGUGGGACUGGGAAUGGUCAGAAAUAAAGACAAAUUUUAUGAUUCUGGU